CUUAAAGCUCCAACAUUCCAUGAAAUUUCAACUUGUCCAAUUCCACCGAACAACUCUUUCAAUUCUCCACCACUAUCUUAAGUUGGAGAUGCUGCAGGUGGCGGCACCUGAUUAUCCAUCAUCAUCAUCUCUCUGGUUUUUCGCUCCUGCUAGCAUUCUAUAUUGGCUUCGUUGUGCAAAUCAAUGCAAAAAGCGACGGGCAGUUAAAGUUGAAACGAGCUUCUUCACCGCUGGACGUUUUCUACGUCCUCAUGCGCCACCGUGCUUGCCUGACCAACUUCUCCCUCUAGAUCCCCGACCUAAGAAGCGCGUUUCCCCACCAUCGGAUCGGCCAGAUCAUCGGCUCUCUAACCGACCGACGCAUCGAGUUCCUGUCCAUUGACAUCAAAGACCAUGUGCUGCCGAGGUGCGUUUUCUCCCUCGCCCGGCUCAUGAACUUGAAACUGUGUGGCUGGUAGUUCAGAUCCUCCAACGUGGCGUUCGACAAUGCUGCUUUUGUUGAGCUCGUUGUUCUCGAGCUUCGAGGUUUGGCAAUAAGUCGAAAAUGGUGAGAGGGUUUUGGUCGAGUAAAGCGUGUAAGGGAGAGCAGUUUCUUUGUGGUGGGGAAAACGACGGAGAUGAUGGUGCCAUUAUGGAUUUUGUUAGUUUUUAGGCUUUAUAUAAAUACAUCGGGUCCAGGUUAGGCUGAGUGAGAGGUAGAUUUAGGUUAGGGUUUAACUGCCCAGGUUAUUUUGGACAUUUCGCAAUUACGGGUGCGUUUAAUCCGAAACUCGGUUAACGUCCGUAACUUCCUCAUUUUAUGUCCCAAUACGGCACCACUUGAACUGAUAGUUCACAUUUUUAGUCAUCAUCGAUAUUACGGUGGAACUUGACCCAGGGGUAUAAUAGUCAUUUUGACUUUUGGGAAGAGCGGGGUGUAACAGUCGGGUCACUACUGGACGGCGAUACGUAACGUAGUAGUUGAUCGGGCAUGGACUGGACGACGAUAGGUAACGCAGUACCAUUGCCUUGAGGAUAGGGACACCAAACGGCGAUACGUAAUGCGGUGAUUCCUUAGUAAUAAGUAUAUAAGAUAAGAUAGAAGUAGAGAACUUCUAUGAGAUAUCAAGGAUUAAAAGUAUUAAGGAUGAAAGUGAGAACGACUUUCUUGUAAGAGGAAGAAAUUUCUAAUAAUGUGUUAUUAAGGGUUUACUUAGAGCAAGACCUUAGGAAGUAACGACGAGACUGACCCCUUCUCACUCACCAGGUUGAGGAAGAGUUAACGGAUGUGGAUUUCGAGAAGAGGCAAGGUGAGGCGAGAAGCCGCACUAGCAUUGGCGAGGUCACAGGGAGCUUAGCGAGGAGCUAGAGUUAGAUUUAGUAGUUGUCUUAUGUAUCAUGAUUAUGAGUAUAAAAUGGAGGUUCAUAGUUCGAGAUUUGUGGGUCAAGUGUUUUGGGAUUUGUUAUUGCCCAAUUGUUGGGGCUUUUUGUUUGAAAUUCUUAAACAUUGUCAGUUUGUUUAUUUUAAAAAGUGGUUUGGUUGCUCCGGAGCAAUUGGUUUUGUGGUUUGAGUUAUGGUUUAGUUUUCAAAAAGGAUCGGGUCGUUACAUAUGGUUUAGGAGGUUCCUAACCUAAGUUAAUUACUAAUGCUUACUUGAUGUUUUGGUUUUAAUUACUUUUAGACUUUUGGAUUUACUUGAUGUUUUGGGUUUUGAUUAUUGUUAUUCUAUUUUUACCUCACCUACCUUCAAUAGUUAAACUUUAGAUUGACCUAAAACCAUACCAACAGUGGAAAAAGGUCAAAGUCCAGAAAAAGGCAGAAUCCAGAAAAGCGACGGCGCCCCAUCGUCGUCCUCCGUCGAUCUUCGUUUCUCAUUAUGAUUCAGGUCUAAUUGUACACGCUCAUUUUGCUUAGGCGUUUGUGGCAAUUGUGCUCCUAAAAGGGUGGUUUUACGCGAGGUUUCUUGUGUUUUAGCAUGUUUCCGGAUUUAACAGGUGAAACCAGCCCCGGAGUUGAAAGUUGGACGAAAAGGAGCGAAAACCGGGAGAAGAGGUGAAAACCAGCAGUUCACGGUCUGCUAAGAUCGUGAAGAGGAGUUGUUGCCCAUGAACAACCAAGCCUCCAGGGCCAAAUCUUAAGUUACUGACGGGAGGUGAGUUCACGGUCACUAAGACCGUGAAUUGGAGUUGUAGUCCGUGAACCCGACAAGCGAAGCGGUGCGUUUCGAUGCCAACCUUGAGUUUACAGACGCGUUCAAGAGUUCACGGUCGUGAACUGAGGCCGUGAACUAAGCCCGAUUCUUGUUUAAAAAGAUAGCUGAAAGGAAGAGAGAGAGGAGAGGCCAAGAGAGAGAAAGUGCCUUCUUCAGAUUUUAGACAGAGAAAGAACGAACCAAGGAAGGAAGAAGGCUAGGGUUUACUCCAAGUGGUGAAGUGGGAAGAUUCUCCCCAAGAAAAGUUCAGCACAAGCUCAAAGAAGAUUGGAAGCAUCUCUGUGAUGGUUUGUACCUCUUCCUCUUGUGUUUUUCCCCUUUCUAGCAUGGAGUAGUUUCCUUUUUCACUUGGGUGUUGUGAAACCCUAACUAUUUACCAUGUAGUUUUUGUUAUGUGAAUUGAAUGAUUGUUUAUGGGUGUUGUUUAAUUCAAUGAUUGAGGUAUUUUUCAUGUUAAUUGUGCAUGUUUGUGCUUAGCAAUGUAAUUGGCCAUUUUAACCUAGACUAGAGAGGGAAGACCUCCUUUCAAGGGAGCCUCAAUUGAGUUGGGAUUCCUAGGGCUUUGUAAGCCACCUAUCUAGGUUAAUGUAGGGAAAACCUCCAUGUUAAUUGUGAUAUUCAGGACGAGUCAAGUUUUUGGCGCCGUUGCCGGGGACAACGGUCUGUUAUCUUGAAAAAGUUGUUUGGUGUUAAUCUAGCUUUUACUUUCCAGUUUUGAAAGUGUUUGUUCUUUUCUUGUGCUAGACUUGGUGUUGUUUUCUGAUUGUGUGUAGGGAGGUGCAUGACCCGUUGCAAUCCGUCACCUUUGCUACCUCGUGACGAGGACAUAAACCGAACACUCCGACUCCUAGCACAAGAGAGGGAGCUAGAGGAGGCAAGGAGAAGAAGUGAAGAAAGGGGACAACAAUCUGGUCCUGGUGUUAGUGUAGUAGAAGUUGAAGAAGUGGAAGGUGAACCCAACAUUGGAGUAGAAAUGGCGUGGAACCAAAGAGAAGAGAGAGCUGCCCAAGCUCGUAAUUUAAACGAUGCGGCGACGGAAUAGGAAGCCCCGAGGACAAUGGGAUACUAUAUGGCCCCACGGCCGGCGGACAUUCAAUCGCCAAUCCUACACCCUCAAGUGGAGGCCAACAAUUUUGAGAUCAAGCCGGCUGUAGUGACCAUGAUACAGGACAAUGCUUUAUUCCACGGUCAUGCGACCGAGUCACCAAGAGAGCAUGUGCAAAGAUUCCUUGAGCUCGCGGGGAGCUUGAAGAUCAAUGGCAUGCCGGCUGAGGCUUUUCCCCUAUUCACUUCCGGGGAAAGCACUCUGGUGGCUAAACAACCGCAUGCCUCGUUCUAUAACCUCAUGGGACGAUCUUCUCAACAAAUUCAUGUCCCACUACUGCCCAGCUUCGAAGACGGUCGAGUGGAGAAAGAAGAUUACCCAUUUCGAGCAAGAAGAAGACGAGACCUUGAGUGAUGCUUGGGGAGAUACUCCGAUUAUUUUCUUCAAUGGCCUCACCAUGGGUUCGAAGAACAGUAUUGGAUUGAAACUUUCUACGGUGGUCUAAUCCAAGAAGACAAGGUUCCAUUGACUCACUGUGUCAAGGGAAAUUGAUGAAUAUGACUCCACCCCAAGUGACCGAGCUACUUGAAGAAAUGGCCCUCAAGGGAUACGAUUGGGGAUUGACGAGAAGUGGGAGCAGAAGCAAUGAUAGGGUAGUGAGAAGUGUGGGAGCGAGCGCUCCACUUGAGGCAAAGUUGAACAAGUAGAUAGAGGUAAUUCUUGAAGAUAAGAAGCAAAGAAAGAGGCCGGUGAUGUCUUGUGAUUGGUGUUUGAGCACUAACCAUGAGAUGGCGGAGUGCCGAGCAAUGAAGGAUGCAACCACUCCGGAGGAGCAAGUCAAUUUCGUGGCAAAUGCUAGGGCGAAUAACCCGUAUAGCAAUAC